UGCCAGUCGCCACACAACACAGUCACUCCUAGCUGAGAGAGAAAGAGAGAGAGAGAGUGUACGUUGUAAUAUUCCCCGGUGGAAGACGAUGCUAUACAACCCGGCGCUGGAAAUACUGAAGAGCAAGAUAGACUCAUACAUUUGGUGAAACAGACGUAGAAACAUAAAUUAGUGCCGUAUUUAUUGUAAUAUCUGACGAUUUUAUUGACCACCUCCUGCCUUGCCGCGUGACCACAGGGGACGGGCACAAUGUUCCUGGUGGGCCUUACAGGGGGAAUUGCCUCGGGGAAGAGCACAGUUAGCACAAUGAUGAAGGAGAUGGGCGUGCCUGUGGUGGAUGCUGACCUCAUUGCACGUGAGGUGGUGGAGCCCGGCAAGAGAGCGUGGACCAAAAUACGGAAGGCGUUUGGGGAUGAGGUUUUCCACGAGUCAGGUGAGAUCAACAGGGAGCGGCUUGGGCAGGUGGUGUUCUCAGACAUGGAGAAAAGACGCACUAUCAAUAAGAUCACCCACCCAGAGAUUUACAGGGAGAUACAGUGGCAGGUUCUCCGGCAUCUGUGUAGAGGGGAGCAGUUUGUGAUCCUGGACCUUCCCUUGUUGUAUGAGAGCAACAAGUGCACCAACUACCUCUUCAAGACAAUCGUGGUCACCUGUGACGAUGAGCUACAACUGGAACGUUUGAUGGCCCGCAACACCUACACGGAGAAGGAGGCCAUCGCGCGCAUUGAAGCUCAGAUGCCACUCGAGAAGAAGUGCAAGAUGGCAAACUUUGUCAUUGAAAACUCCGGCACCAAAGACAACACGAGGAAGCAAGUGGAGGACAUCGUGAAGUACCUGAGGUCCUCGCGUCACCACCUGUACCUCCGGGUAGCGUGGGGGGGAGGCCUGGCUGUGGUGGUGGCGGUGGUGGUUGGCCUGCUUGUCUAUUUUUUCUUCUCUUGACUCCUGACUGUGUGUCGAGUCUUGCAGGGUUUUGUAGGGUCGUUUAGUGAAGUCGUGUUGUUCAUCAGUUUUAAUCAUGACUUGAAGGGUGUUAAGUGCAGGGUGACUCAAAAAUCAAUACCGUUUUUUUAUUUUUUUAGGUCACGUACAGAACUGUUUGUCACUUUGUUGGUUUUGUAAAUGAUGUAAGCUCCUUUCUGUCAGUUUUAAUUGUCACUUGAAAGGUGUGAUGUACAGGAUGACUCAAAAAUUAAUAGACCUUGUUUUUUUUUUUAGGUCAUGUACUGAUCUGUUUGUUAUUGGUUGUAUAAGUCAAGUAGUCUUUUCUUUUAGCUUGUGUGCGUUUGUUGUGUUAGUUAUCUCAGCUGUUGCAGUCUUGUAUAACUUGUUGAAUGUUGCAUUAUCUUCUCUGUGUCACAAAAUUAUCUCUUAUAAGCAUGUCAGAUUUCUAAGUCAUUUUCUUUCUAUUUUUCUUUAUCUUGUUUAUCUCAGGUUAUCAUUUUUUGCUGUGAGAGGCAUUCAUGUUGGCAGCAUUUCUUGUCUUUUGCUCUGCCGCUGUACAGUUUGUGUGUCUUCCAGUGUCAAUUUUUUUUUGUCCACUUGUUUUGUUUCAUCUAAUUAUUGUGAAAGUGAUGAUUUAUUCUUUUUUUGGGUGAUAUUUCUAAUGUCAGUUUUUUUUUUUCUCUCGUUUCAUCUAAUUAUUGUGAAAGUGAUGAUUUAUUAUUUUUUGGGUAGCAUUUUUUUUUUUUUUUUUUGUUUCAUUUACAUUCCUCAGAUUUGUUUUGGUCAUUUUUUUCUUUAAUUCCACUGCAGUUACCAUCCUUGUUUUCUUCAUUUUUUUUUUCCCCAGUUCAAUUAUCAUCCUCAUUUCCUUCAUUGUUUAUCUUUCAUUUUAUUUUAUUUUCCAGUAGUUUCCAUCCUUAUUUCCCUUACUUCUCUGAGUGUCUCUCUGGUAAUUUUUUUUUUCCAGUUCAAUCACCAUUUUUUCAUUCACCACAUUAGUGUUCCCAAUAGUACCUAUAGGAAAAACUUAUAUAGACCAACUGAGCUAUUUUUAACACUUCAAUGUAAAUAGUUUAAUUUUGUAAAGCCUUGAUCUGCCUUCAGUGUGGAGGAGAAGCAGGAGGAGGAGGAGGAGGGAGGUUGUUGGGGAGGUGUUGAGGUGUGUUGCUGUCGGUCAUAAAGCAAAACACCUUUA